UUAAUUUUUGUAACUGCAAAUACAAUGUAUUUUUUUUCUUCGAGAAGGAAUCCUCCGUGGAACACCAGAAUCCUCCAUGAAUAGGCGAAAAUUUUGAAUAAUGCAAAACCCAUGCAGCACUGUGGAGUAGGUACGGAAAUUGUAAGGCCAAAACGGUAUUAUUUGUGCAGUGUUAUUGGGGUUAACUGGAAUUACAAUGAGUUAUCCUUCAAUCUCAUUCCGCUUCGCACUAUUCCUCUCAUUUUCUCUAACGGCGUCAUUACCGGUCUUUUCGAAGCGUUACACUCCGUCAUCUUCGUCUACCCCUAAAGCCACUCCCUCCGACUUGUUGUCUUUGUUGGGUUCCAAAACUCAGUCCUUAGCCGUCAAUCCCGUCGUAGCACGCCACCUCAAAUCAUGCUUCAAAUUCCUCGUUCCUUUCUCUCCAACGGACCCUCAUCACCGGAAGUUGGGCCUGGGCCUGGGCCUGGGCCCUAGUCGGAGCAAGGACAACGACCUCAUUUGGUGGCCGCCGGAGCCCGUCUUGGAGCUGGCGCGUCUCUCCGUCGAUUCCGGCGGCGACCCCGCCGCUAUUCAUCGCCUUCUUGAUCCCACCAUUAUCCCGGUACCUGAUGUUGAAGGAUCAACAGAAGAACGCUGUGAGCUCACCAGAACUCCCUAUGGCAGACGCUUCAUUUGUGAGGAACUCAACCUCUAUCUGCAAUUUUUGUUUCAACUCAUUGUUGAUCGAGGUCCAUCUGUUGGGUUGGAUGUUAAGUUGAACCGCUUUGAUCUGUUCCAUGGUCACCUUUUCUUAGCGGUAGACUCUGGAAGACUUGGUAUCUUAUUCCAUGCGAAGGAGUACCCAGCAUAUGAUAAACAAGUGUUCCCAUACAAUAUGGGUUUUUGUCAGAGAGGGUCCAAUGUGACAUAUGACGAUUCAAUGAAUCUGAGAAAUAUUCUCUGGUUGGCUCCAAUGCCUGGUGAUUCUGAUGAAUCUUGGGUGGCACCGGGUGUUCUGGUAGUGCUGGAUGCUCGUCCUGAUGGAAUUAUAUACAGAGAUCUAAUACCUGAUUAUGUAAAUUUUGCAAGGACUAUAUAUGAAGAUGAUUUUGGGGAUGUUGCUGUUGAUGUGAACUACUUGAAUGUUGGAUCCAAAACCAGAAAUUAUCAACUAUUCAUAUGCUGAUGCUGUAUUUGAUAUAACUAUGACGUACUUUCACUUCCCAACAACACCAGCUUAUUUAAAUGAGGAUUGCCGAAGGUUAAACGGAGAAUGUAUAUGUCAAUUUCAAUUUAUUGAAGAUUGCAUAGCAUAUCUUCUAAUAUAAUAGGUCACUUGAUAAACCAUGUCAGGUGCUGUAUAUGCUCCUGAAAUUUUUUAUUGGCUGUUUAACUUUAUGCAAUUCUAUGCCUUCCUAACAUCCACCGGUGUCACGAAUGUGAACUUAUUUUGUGUAUUUUUAGUCAGCAGAAGUAUAUGUAUAAUAACGCUUAAAUUUAAAGCAAUAAUUAUUUAUUUUUCAAAA